CUUUCGCCGCUCAGUGUUUUGAAAAGGGUAAAAUGUAACUUGAGUAAUUUGACUUGGUUAGUGGGGAGAAUUUGUAAAGUUCGGAAUAUUGAAUAAGGAGUUCAUCAGCUGGGUCAACACAACACGGAAUCUCUUUACUUUGGAUAAAUAAAGUGGUUUGUGUGAACAGAAGCUGCCUGCAGAUGUGCCGGGGCUCAAAGACCUUUGUGCUGUCACCAGGAGAGAGCUGGCUUUGUGUAUCAGUAUGCCUCUUUUUGCCCACAUCAGACAGACCUGUGACACUAAGGUUCAGUAAUUGAUGAAAGCAGCAAGAAACGGUACCAAGGAGGGUUUAGGAAGGAGAAAGUUAGCAAUGAUUCGCAAAGUGUCAUUCCUACAGAGAAAAGACUCUACAGGUGAUGGAAAAGAUGAUGCCGGUUACAUAGAUGUGUUUUUGUGUGAGGUAAAACACCCUCCACCACAACUCUGCCCCAUGCCAGAGGGACUCAGCAGUCAGCAGGUUGUCAGACGUCUCAUCCUCAGAUCCAUUGUGCAAAGUGAGAGCAGCUACUUGGACUCUCUCAAACGAAUCCUUCAGGAGUACCAGAAGCCUUUGCUGGAGACACAGUCUGUGAUUUUAAACCCAAAGAAGGUGCGUCAGAUCUUUCACCGCCUGCACGAGAUCUAUCAGUGUCACUGCAUGUUCCAGAUUGCCCUUGCAUCCCGCGUGGCCGAGUGGGAUCAAAGUGAAAAGAUAGGAGACUUGUUUGUGGCUUCGUUUUCAAAGUCCAUGGUUCUGAACGUGUAUAGUGACUACAUCAAUAACUUCACCAGCGCCAUGGCUCUUAUCAAGAAGGCCUGCUUGUCAAAACCUGCUUUCUUGGACUUUCUUAAGAGGAAGCAGGCAUCAAGCCCAGACAGAAUCACCCUAUAUGGCUUGAUGGUUAAACCUAUUCAGCGCUUCCCACAAUUCAUUCUGCUGCUACAGGACAUGUUGAAGAACACUCCAAGGUCCCACAGUGACCGGCUGCCCCUGCAGCUGGCUCUGACUGAGCUUGAGACCCUGGCCGAGAAACUCAAUGAGCAGAAACGUCUGGCUGAUCAGGAGGCUGAGAUCCAGCACUUAGCUCACAGCACUGGGGAACGCAAUCUCAACAAGCUGCUGAACUCAGAACAGAGGCAGCUGAUUCAUUGUGAACUUCUUACUGAGAUAGUUUUUGGGGAUAAAGGUCAAGUUAUCAAGUCAAAGGAGCGGAAGGUCUUUCUCAUCAACGACACCCUCAUUUGUGCCAAUGUGAACCUGAAGGGUCCCCCUGACAUCAACACCCUGGUUCCUGUUGGUCCUAAGUACACAGUGAAGUGGAGUGCUUCUCUGCUGCAGACUCAGGUGGUGGAGGUGGGGCAAGAUAGUCUGCAGGGCAAAGACGGUGUCAUCACAGCCAGAUGUCACAGCUCUACUGCCAGCAUCACUGGUAAAGUAUUGCUUGGCCCUCCAAGAUUGUAUCAGGAAUUGGAAGAGCUGCAGCAUGACCUGGCUGUAGUGGAGGAGGUCUCACUGUUGGUUGGCACGCUCCACGGAAUCUACCAGAAUCUGAAUACCACAGUGUCUCAGGACUGGUGUCUGGCUCUGCAGAGGCUCAUCCGUCUAAAGGAGGAGGAGAUCCAGAACGCCAACAAGUGUCGCCUACGCCUAUCUGUUCCAGGCAAACCUGACAAGUCUGGUCGUCCAGUGAGCAUCAUGGUGGUCUUCAACACUCCCAACCCCUUCAGUAAGAUCUCCUGGGUGAACCGUCUUCACCUCGCCAAGAUAGCCCAGAGAAAGGAAAACACAUCAGGUUGGGAAUGUGCUGAAGAAGAUGGGAAGACGAAAGCUCUGUUAAGCUGCCCACUGCUUACCUGUAAACUUUCGGUUUUCUCCUCCAGAACACACACUCUGAAGCUGGAGGCAGCUCUUCACAGCCCAUCUCAGUCCAGACUGCUUGGUUUCUGCACUGCCAGCACAUCCUUGCCACAGGGUUACCUUUGGGUUGCUGGUGGAGGUGGCAACUCCAACCAUGGGCAAGUAGAGAUUUUCUCUCUGAACCGAGCCAGUGCCCGCUUGGUCAAAACCCUCCCACUGAGAGCCCCAGUCCUUUGCCUGGAGUAUGUGAAGGAGCCGUGCCCCAGUACAGUGCUCCAGGAGGGGACUGAGAAAGGCCCAAGGGCAGCCAAGACAGGAAACAUAAUCUGUGUUGGCCUGCAGGACGGCAGUAUCCAUGUUCAGAGCAGUGUGGACACAGCUGUUCAGUGCCUGCUGACCUUGGUAAACCCUGACAACUGUCCAGUGCUCUGCCUCAAACAUUUACUGUCGUUCCUUUUUGCUGGACUGGCUAAUGGCAAAGUAGCUAUAUACCACAGAAAAACUGGAGAGCGACUGUGGGAUGUGGAUUCAUGCAAGCUAGUGUCUCUUGGCUCCAAGCCGGUCUACUGUCUGCUGACACUUGAAGACACUAUGUGGGCCAGCUGUGAAAACCAAGUCACUGUCAUACAAGGAGACAGCCUCUGCAUGCAGAGCUUCGAAGCCCACUCAGAUCCAGACUUCCAUGUUAGCCAUAUGGUCCAUUCAGGUGGAGGUGUUUGGAUGGCCUUCACCAAAGGAUCCUCCAUUCAUCUGUUCCACACAGAGACCUUGCAACAACUGCAGGAAAUCAACAUCUCCACCCGUACCAACUAUCUGUCACCAGGUCACGUUUGUGUAUCCAGCUUACUGAUCUCUCAGGGUAUGUUGUGGGUGGGGACUAGCCAGGGCGUCAUCAUCACUUUCUCUGUACCAACUCUUGAGGGUAUCCCGAAGAUCACAGGUAAAGCGAUGACAUCUCUGAAUGCUCACUGUGGUGCUGUAGAUUUCCUGGUGUCAGCCUCCAGCACCCUGGCCUCUGAUUUGCUUCGACGGGAUUCCAUCUUCAACAUUAGCAAAGAGAGUGCUAAUGGAGAGGGAGGAGGAGGUGGAGGUAAUGUUGAAGGAGAAAGAGGAGAGCAGAAGCUGGAAAAUAGCCACCAUAGGGAGAACUUAGAAACUUCUCCAUGGAAGCAGGACAAACCUAAGCAUCUCCUAUUGCAGUACCACCUCCAUUCCACCUCCCAGCUUCCUGGGAAGCUGCUGACAGCUCAGCCAGAACAAGCGAACCCAAGGGCCUCCCCAGAUCUCCAGAUGGAGGACGGUUCCAUCUAUGAAGUAAAUGAGGACCCCGAUGUUUGGUUGAGAGGGCGGCCACUGGAGUUGGGGAAGGAGGGAGAGGCCAAACGUAACAAAGUCACUUCAACAGCCAUCUUCUCUGGUGGAAGAGGAUACCGCAGGAUAGGACUGUCAGCAUCAGAAGAAACCUGCUCAGACUCCAGUGAAAACACGCUGCUCGUGUGGCAGCUCCCUCUCACGCUUAGCCAGUGACAGCUUUCUUUGUCCUCAGUUACUCUAGUUCUAGUCACGUGUGAUUACUCUUAGACCAGGCACGUUUAAACAUUUAAGGUUGAUUCUAAAGUCAAGGACAUAUCACCUUUGACAGUUGACAGUUAAAAUAAAAGUAACAUUACUUAAGCCUACAGAUGACGACCGUCAUCACAGUGGAUACUAGGUGACAGCUUUAUUUACUACAGUGAGCAGUAGUAAUGUUGCAUAUCACAAAGAUAGCAGCACCUGGCAUCAGCAGGAAGCAAUCCCCCAAAGAACCUGGCUUAUAUAGUAUACUAAUUUUAAAAUCAGCAAUGUGUUUCAAAUGAAGCUGUACAAUGUGAUACUUGGUGGAACAUUUCUGUAUGGAAACAGGUUGUAUGUGUAUGUCAGAUGAGUGUCAAGCCUCAGUGUCUGCAUUUGGACCUUAAACGUUUUGAUUUGGACACAUAUCUCAGUGUUAGGCUAAACAAAAUAGUGGCAUAUUAUGAAAAGAACUUAAUGAAAACCUAAAUCUUUACAUAAUAAAGGAAAAAAAUGUAAGAAAAUUGCA